AGCCUUGCUGAGGGAAAGAGAAAGAAAGGUUUUCAGUUCUCCAUGAAGUGUAUUAUGUUCUGCCAUUCAUUCCCCAAGCUACUGGAAGCAUUCCUCCCAGGAAAGGUGGAGCUGUGGGGAGAAGCCAAUGGUGAGAUGACAUCUGAGAGGACAGGCUAACCCACUUCCUGGAUUUCCCACGUGGGGACGGUCUUAGAGCCCGACAGGCUUUGAGGCCCGAAGAUGAGCAGCAACGGCAGCGCAGUGGGCCAGCUCCUCUGGAGCGGGCCGCUGUGCGUCGGCUGGAGGCGGGACCAGGAAGGGGCUGUCUACCACCUGGCCACCUGCCUCCUGCUCCUGGGCUUCAUGGGGGGCAGCGGGGUGUAUGGGUGCUUCUACCUCUUUGGCUUCCUGGGCACGGGCUACCUGUGCUGUGUGCUGUGGGGCUGGUUCGAUGCCUGCGGCCUGGACAUCGUCCUCUGGAGCGUCCUGCUGGCGACUGCCUGCGUGCUCCAGCUGGCACACCUGGUGUACUGCCUGCGCGAGGACACCCUCCCCGAGGAGUUCGAGCUCCUCUACAAGACGCUGUGCCUGCCCCUGCAAGUACCCCUGCCAGCGUACAAGGAGAUCAUUCGCUGCUGCAAGGAGCAAGUCUUGACUCUGGCCACGGAGCAGACCUACGCCGUGGAGGGCGAGACGCCCAUAGACCGCCUGUCCCUGCUGCUUUCUGGCCGGGUUCGUGUGAGCCAGGACGGGCAGUUUCUGCACUACAUCUUUCCUUACCAGUUCAUGGACUCUCCCGAGUGGGAAUCGCUGCAUCCCUCUGCGGAGGGGGUCUUCCAGGUCACUCUGACAGCCGAGACUGAAUGUAGCUACAUUUCUUGGCCCCGGAAAAGUCUCCACCUCCUUCUGGCCAAAGAGCGAUACAUCUCUCGCCUCUUCUCGGCCCUGCUGGGCUAUGACAUCUCGGAGAAGCUCUACGCUCUCAAUGACAAGCUCUUUGCUAAGUUCGGGCUGCGCUUCGACAUCCGUCUCCCCAGCCUCUACCACGUCCUAGGUCCUGCUGCCCCAGAUGCAGGACCAGAGUCUCAGAAGGAUGACAAGGACGUCCGUGAGCCUGCCUCAUCCCCCCCUCCUCAGGCCCUGCCCACAUCUGUCCAGCAAACACCCCCUAGCUCCCCACCUCCAGCGGCCGCCAACCCUCCUGCACCUCCUCCCUGGGUCAGGAUGUCCAGGCCCGACAGCAGUGUCCUGGCUUCUAGAACUCCUCUCCAGAGCUACUCUCAAGUUAUGUCCAGGGGACGGGCCCCCUUGGCUCCAACUCUGACUCCUGAACUGUAAGGAUCAAUGGACCAUCCUUUUCUCUGGCCACGUCAGUCCUCACAGGAAGGUCACUCGUGUGCACACCCCUCUUCUCACCCUCUGGAAGGCUCACGGACAAGGUCGGAGCAGACACAGAAGAUGCUAAAGUGCUGCAGCCACGCCAAGGGCCCCGAGUGACUUUUAGAACUUUGCCUUCACCAGCCUUCCUUCCCAGAGAAGGCAUCCAAAAGUGCAAAAGCACAGAUUCUAUCCUUUACUAACUGCAGUAUCUCAGGCAAGUCACAUAGCCUCUCUGAGUGUCUGUAAAGUGGGGAUUAUAAAACCCAGUUCACAGGGUUGUGAGGAUUCAAUGAGUUGAUUCAGGUAAAGCACCUAGGACAUGGCGUGGCACCUAGUAAGCACUCAAUAAAUCACUCAUUUCCUUUC